AUGAGUGGAUACCGAGUCGUCAACAAUGCUGAUGCACACUUCUACACUGCCAGCAAAUAUGCAGUGACGGCUCUCACAGAAGGUUUGAGGCAAGAGUUACGAGAGGCCAAAACCCACAUACGUGCCACAUGUAUUUCUCCUGGCUUAGUGGAGACAGAAUUUGCCUACCACCUCUUUAGUGAAAACCCAGAAAAGGCUGCUGCUACUUAUAAAAGUAUAAAGUGCCUACAAGCAGCUGACAUCGCAAACGCAGUGGUGUAUGUCCUGAGUGCUCCUCCUCAUGUUCAAAUUGGUGACAUUCAGAUGAGGCCUGUGGAGUAGCUGACAUAAACUGAACAGACAAACAGGAUGAAGAAUCUCUGACUAAUCUUUAUCAUCUUAUUAAUAGCCCAUGAAUGGUAUAAAAUAUGAACUGUAGAGCUGACAAAAGCCACAAGAAUGACCCAUAAACA